AGAGAAAAAAUUACAGCUUGAGCUCCCAGCCAGCCAAUGGUUAUGAACAUCAGUCUGGCAAUGGGUUCAACCACCAGGACCACAAUUCCCAGAAUGCAGAUGGAUUGGAGACAAAUGCACUGCCCACUCCAAUUGCAAAUCCCCAAAUUGUUUACACUAAGGUGUUCAUCGGUAACGAGUGGCAUGAGUCAUGCAGUGGCAGAAAGAUUCCUGUGUAUAAUCCCACCACCGAGAAGCUGCUGUGUGAAGUGGAGGAGGCUGACUCAGAUGAUGUAGACAAGGCAGUGAGGAGUGCCAGAGCUGCUUUCCAGAUGGGAUCACCAUGGAGAUCCAUGGAUGCCUCAGACCGAGGCCAUUUACUUAACAGACUUGCCGACUUGGUGGAGCGAGACCGGCUCUUGCUAGCAACACUAGAAGCUCUAAACUGUGGCAAAGUUUUCCUCGUGGCAUAUUUUGUAGAUCUGAUGGCUACAAUCAAGACCUUGAGAUAUUACAGCGGCUGGGCAGACAAGAUUCACGGAAAAACCAUCCCCGUAGAUGGAGAAUAUUUUACCUACACACGGCAUGAGCCCAUUGGAGUAUGUGGUCAGAUCAUUCCUAUAUUUGGCCCGGUGCAGCAGAUUAUGUGUUUCCACAGCAUCAGUGAAGUCAUCCAGAGAGCCAAUGCCACACAAUACGGGUUGGCAGCAGGAGUCUUCACUAAUGACAUCAACAAAGCCCUUACAGUCUCCUCUGCUCUGCAAGCCGGCAUGAUCUGGGUGAACUGCUACAAUGCCAUGAGUAUUCAGUGUCCAUUCGGUGGCUUCAAGAUGUCUGGGAAUGGGAGAGAACUGGGGGAAUAUGCACUGCAGGAGUACACUGAAAUCAAGGCAGUCACAAUCAGAAUAUCACAGAAGAGCUCAUGAUACUGCCAGUCUACAUUUCUCCUGUUUGAACCAUCAGCCAGAGUCAGAUCAUUAGAUCAUGCUGCACCUGCAUGUUUUGUAGCCACUUUGUGAAUAUUUAUUCCAUUUUCUGCUCAGACUUUCUUUAUUUUUGUCAU